GCAGCUCGAGCCUCCGCGAUGCCGCCGCCUUCCUCUCCCGAAAGCGCCUCGCCGCCCUGUCGUCGGUUCCAACCGGUUUGGACCAGCUGCCAGCCGACCGGCGGCUCCUCGGCUGCAGCCAAGCGGCAGGAAGGGAGCCCCGCGGACACUCGCCAGCCAGGCUCCCCGAGGCCGGAGGGCUGGGCCAGACAGGGCGCCUCGGGCAGGGCUCGUGAUCCCGCUGGAAAAUGGUGUUCCAGAAAUCACCCGACGGUGGGUGGGGCUGGGUGAUCGUCCUCAGCUCCUUCUUCACACAGUUCUUGUGCUAUGGGUCACCCUUGGCGGUUGGGGUGCUCUACAUGGAAUGGCUGGACCUUUUUGGAGAAGGGAAAGGAAAGACAGCCUGGGUCGGAUCCCUGGCCAGUGGAGUGGGGCUGCUUGCAAGUCCCCUCUGCAGCACCUGUGUCUCCACUUUUGGCGCACGGCCAGUCACUAUCUUCAGUAGCUUUAUGGUUGCAGGAGGCCUGAUGAUCAGCAGCUUUGCUCCCAAUAUCUACUUUCUCUUUUGUUCCUAUGGAAUUAUUGUUGGACUUGGAUGUGGCUUAUUGUACACAGCCACCGUCACAAUCACAUGCCAAUACUUUGACAAACGUAGAGGCCUCGCCCUCGGUCUCAUUUCCACAGGGUCAAGCGUUGGCCUUUUCAUCUAUGCUGCCUUACAGAAAGAGCUGAUUGAACUCUAUGGGUUGGAUGGCUGCCUACUGAUCACUGGCGCACUCUCUCUAAACAUCCUAGCCUGUGGCAGCCUGAUGAGGCCUCUGCCGGUCUCUGUCCAGAAGCCCGAUCUGGAGAAGGUUCCAGAUCAAUACCUCAUUUAUAACAGAAGAGAGAAGCCCACUCACGAAGAACACAUCACCAUACCUGAAAAGGCCCAGAGUGAGGAGAAAGGGGAGAAUCAGGUGCCGGUGAGCAACCCCCAAGCGAACGGACUCCCAGUUCACAGCCAGCUGCUUUUGGCCUCCCCGAGGGAGGCAGACAGCUACCCAAAGAAAGUUGCAGAGCAAACUUACCUGUGCAAGCAACUGGCUAAGCAGAAAUGGGGCCUAUAUUUAAAGUACUGGGACGACACUCUAAGUCUUUUCAAAAACAAAGUCUUUUCCGCCCUCUUCAUUGCCAUCUUCCUCUUUGACGUUGGCGGCUUCCCUCCUUCCUUGCUCAUGGAGGACGUGGCAAGGAGCUCAAAGAUAAUUGAGGGGGACUGCGCCAUCCCACUGAUCUCCAUCAUCGGCAUCAUGACUGCUGUGGGGAAGCUAGCCCUGGGUGUCCUGGCAGAUGUAGCCUGGAUCAAUGCUUUGUAUCUCUACAUCCUGACGUUGAUCUUGACGGCGGCGGCCCUGGUCUUAAUCCCUUUCGCCCAAAGCUACAGUGCUCUGGCCACGCUUUCAGGGGUUUUAGGUUUCCUGGCGGGAAACUGGUCGAUUUUCCCUUAUGUCACAACCCAGAUGGUGGGGAUUGAGAAAUUGACCCACGCCUACGGCAUACUGAUGUUUUUCGCUGGGCUUGGAAACAGCCUUGGACCCCCAGUUGUAGGUUGGUUUUAUGACUGGACUGCCUCUUACGACAUGGCUUUCUACUUCAGUGGCCUGUGUGUGCUCUUUGGAGGACUUCUCCUCCUGGUGGCCGUGCUUCCCUGUUGGCGUGGGACGAACCCUACCAUCGGACCAAACCCCAAACACUUACUCCUCCACAGCUGCCUCCAGAGUGUAAAUGGCCGUAUGGAAUAGUUGCUGCUGUUUUUAUACCGAUAACUUUUAGUAAUUUUUGCAUCUAUUUAUAAAGGUUUUUAUGACACUUUUGAUACUUCUUUGAAACACUUGGACCUUUGAGCCAAAACACCAAGUCCUGGCUAGUGUGGCUAAGUUCCAACGACACAACGGGGCCUUCUGCUUUGCCAUUGCCCAUAGUUAGCGAAAUUCUGCUGGUGCCUAGGAAUGACAGUGCCGGAUUGCGACUGACGAAGAGACUUUAAAGGUGCAGUGAAGCUCAGCUGUGGAGAUGGAGCUUCUCUUGAUGAGCUUCCCCCUCCCUGAUCAGGAGGCUGAGUGUGCAAGCCGUGGCAAGUGUGCAAAACGGUUGGCUGUAGAACCGGCAUAUUCAGUCUUCCGAGCGAGGUUCCUCUUCUCACUCACAUUGUAUUGUACUACAGUUUUGCUAAGUAUUUUCUGGUGCAACAAAUGUAUUUUAUAUUCGUUUACAUGUAAUCCUUAUACUUAAUUUUGGCCAAGUUGGCGCAAUACUUCUUCCCUCUUCAGGAAUCUUAAUGUUUCUGGAUAGGGAGAGGCUGCCUCACUCUGAGUCUCAUGAAAGUGACCGAAGACCCUGUUUUCAAAAGAUCCCGUGGGUUGCCAAAAGAUCCUGUGAUCUAUGAAGUAAACAGCACGACAAGAAUGUAGCAUUUAAUACCAAUGAAGAUGCUGGGUGGCAGAAAAAAGUUACUGCAUCUUCCGUUUGGAGCUGUUAAAAAUUAUUCAGUUGAAAACUAUAAAAUCAAGGAAUAAAUACAAUUUAUUAAA